CCAUCCAGCCUAGUUCAUUUCAGUCAUCCGCUCUGAGCACACACACGCACAGGACAAGGGGAACACAUCUCUGCGCAAACCUCCUCCACAAUAAUAACAAUAACAACAAUAAUAAAAGCCAUAAGUAAAGAAAAAAAGAAAGGGGGAAAUGGUAAAGUACAUCCAGCACAGCAGCGAGCUGAGAAGCGAAGAGGUCCUGUCGAAGUCUGACGCGUCCGGGGAGCAGCAGGAGAGGUUCGGGGAGAUGUCCGGCUGUUCUCUCGGCGACGCGUUCUACUCCGGCUGUUCCGCAAUGGACCAGCUCGGCACUUUCAUGCGGAACGUGCAAGUGCUGCUGGAGGCGGCCAGCUACAUUGAAAGCGCCGAGAAGAGCAGCGGAAAAUGUGAGCACGGCUAUGCUUCGGCGUACCCUGAGACGCAGAUGGCACAUCAACACAAACAUCGCAAGUUCAAGAGCAGGAAAGUGGACAAUAUGCACAACAGAUCGGCACACAACGAGCUGGAAAAGAACCGGCGAGCACAUCUCCGCCUGUGUUUGGAGAGGUUGAAGUCGCUCAUCCCUCUGGGACCAGACUGCAGCCGGCACACCACGCUGGGGCUGCUCAACAAGGCCAAAGCACACAUCAAGAAACUUGAAGAGGUGGACCGGAGGAGUCAGCACCAACUGGAGACCUUGGAAAGGGAGCAGAGGCACCUGCAGAGGCAGCUGGCUCUGCUGCAGUCUCAUGGAGAGAGGGAGAGGGUCCGCACGGACAGCCUCGGCUCCCGCAUGGACUCCGAUCGCUCCGAGUCUGACAGAGAAAUUUCCGAGGAAAUUGAAGUGGACGUGGAAAGCACCGAGUUCUCCCAUGGAGAAAUGGACAAUGUCAGCACCAGUGGUGCAAGCGACCUGGACGACCACAGCAGCCGGCAGAGCUCGGCCAGCGACGAGGGCUACUCCACCUGCAGCCUGAAGCUGGCCUUCUCCGCUUAAAACCACCAGCCUAGACCUGCAGGGAAGCUGCAAUCUUUUAUGGCUUUCUCCCUUCAAAUCACCAGCCUACACCUCUGUUCCCCCCCUUAACCGUCUUCAAAAGAACCGGCCUCCCAUUAUGGGGAAAAAAAACUACUAAAAAUCAAGCAUCGCCCCUCCCAGAACCAGCCUUAAGUUCAGUUGGACCCCCCACCCCUCCCUCUCUAAAAGCCAGCAGCCUUCUCCCCGUCUCUGGCACAUUAUCAGAACGAUAGCUCUUUGGUAACAUGUGACCAAUAUCAAACGACCGAUCCCUUUACCUUCUGUCGGUUCCAAGGAACUGUACUUGUUUUAAAAAGCCGAUCCCUUGGGGGACCGGUUACGUAACCAGUGUCAAACACUGAGGAGGGAGCUCUGCUUUAAUCAAGCGGAACCUUAGAAAACCAGCACCACUCCCCCCCCCACUACAUACGCAACCAGCUCAUCGUCGGAAACAUCUCCAUCGCCCAUAUGCCUUGCAAGAACGCCCCCACAUCCAGACAGCACUUCUUGUCGACCUUUACAAGUGGGCAAGGGCUAAAAAGUAGUCUGCAUUCCAAAAGAUGCUCCACGACUCUGUUACUUCUGCUCCAGGACCCACAACUCAAUCACUGGUUCCGCGUGGGGUCCCUCUUCUUCGACAGGUCCAAUCAAAACAGGUGGCAUGUGGUCCACUCUCGUUGUCCUAAUAUAUUUUUUGCAUGAUUCUAUUUAUUUUUGAUAUAUUUAAUUGUACUUUAGUUGUGCUAAACACACACAGGAGCAUUUGCUGCGCUGAGUUUGACCCGUCUCUCAGCGUUUAGUUAAACGCUUCCUUCCCCACCGUGUGCAAAUUUAUCCAUUUAGUCGGCGAUAAGCUAAUCUAGCACUUGUCCAACAAGCACAAAGCUCAAGCAAUAACGUCUAGUCUGAUCGUACGUGUGAUGUCGGCUGGGUUUAGUACUCUUUCUUUUUUUUCCCAUCCGCCCAACUCCAAAUACCAGGAUCUGCACUUGCUUCGGUAGUAGAAUCCGCUACUAAUAAUCAGCAGUGAAAUGAUUGUAAUCCACUUGAAACGCUAUGGUGCAUGUGUCUUGAAUGUAGCCUUUCUAAUAUUGUAAUGUACUUACAAUAAUAAUCACAAUAAUGUUGGCAGCAUGAACAGCGAACUACAGAAUAUCGGUUUGUACUUCAGUGUUUAAUCCUGUAUCUAUUUUUUUUUUUUUUUUUUUUGUACUGUAGCAGAUGAAGUUGAAUUUCUUGAAAUCUGAAGACUUGCCACGGGAAUUGGAGAUAUAUAUUUAAUACAGAACUGCACUGCUGAUUUGUUUCAAUAAUGGAAACCAAAAAAACAUUCGUUUCAAUAUGAACAUUUAUCUGCAUUCGUCCGAACAAAGUCCCAGGCAAAUCACCACCAAUUUGUGUCUUAACACGGGGGAUGUCCGACGCCUUUGUUGGAGAGCCUUCCCCCCUGCCAGCCGCGUUUUGGCAAACCGCAAAGAUGCACUACUUAAAGAGAACGUCUGAAUCAUGUUGAGGCACAACCCAGAAUGUUGUUCUUAUGCUUUACUCAGCCGUCCAAGGUGACUUUUGUGCAAAAAAAUAAAUAAUAAUACGUGCUGCUGGUCCCCUGCUAACAAUUUGUUACAACUCCUGGAAACUAUUCCUAGAAUCUUAAUAAAAACUUUAAAACACAAAA